CAGCGUUUAUGUGAGACAGCAAUGAAGGCGCUGCUGCUUUUUGCCCUCACGCCCUCCCUGUCUCACGGGCUCUCGCUCGGCCUCGCGAGCGUGCGAUCGGUGGCGCCUCGGUGCGCGGCGGUCGCCCUGGACGACGCGCCGGGCAGCAGCCUGGCUCGCGAUGCGUGCGCCGCCGAUAGCGAAGCGCUGCUGGAUUCCUUGGAUCGUUGGCUGCGCCGGCAGUCCAUCCGGUCGGUGCUGCCGCCGAGCCAGGCGCGGCACCUGCUUCGCGACCUACGCGACGACCACCGCUUCUGGGCGCAGCAGCGCCGCCAGUUUGCGCGCGCCUGGAACCUGGUCGAGGCCGGCCUUCGGCAGGAGACGCGGCCGGUCGGCGAGCUGCUGGGCAACGAGACGGCGUCCAAGGUGCUUUCCUAUUCGGAGGACAUGGACGUCGAUCCCGCCAUCGUCAACGCCCUCAUCCGCAGCGAGGUUGUCGAGGCCAUGCUUGGACACGUCCUGUACGAUGGCAUCGGCCAGUUUCUGAUCCAGUCCGACCCCAUCGGCAUGGCCCUCUCCAAGCUCCCGAUCCUAGGGCCGAUCCGCGCGCAGCUGGUCGACGCGGCGCGGCGCGAGGUGGACGCUUUGGUCGGCCCGCAGGUCGAGGGGUUCCUCGGCUCCUACUCCGCCGCCGCCGCCGAGUCUGCGGUGUCCUACCUGCUGGCCGAGGACAACAGCCCGAAGCUGCGCGCCGCGCGCCGCCAGCUCGCCUCGAAGCUGCUCAACCGGCCGCUCUGCAAGCUGGUGAACGGGUCUGACCUCGAGGCAGCCAUCGCACGGGACACGAUCUGGGCGGCGGUGCGGCAGUUCAAAAUGCCAAACGAGGGCGCGCUGCUCGACCAGCUGUACGGCGAGUUUGGAGACGAGCCCUUCUCGAUCUUGCUACCGCGCGACGCGGCAGCCAAGGCGGCGGCGCCGCCCUCGGCCCCGCUCUUCGAGCGCGGCCGCGCCAUCCUGCGCGAUAUCCUCGCUAGCUUCCUCGCGUCGGGCGAGUGGGAGGAGUGGAGACGAAACGGCCCGCUGUCCGAGCCGUUGCCGCCGCCGCGGACGGCGGUGCUGACGCCGCCGGCCGCCGCGGCCGCCGCCGCCGCCGCCGCCGCCGCCGCCGCCGAUGCCUCCGCCGCCGCCGCCGCCGAUGCCGAUGCCGACACGGACGCCGGCGGCGCGCCCGAUUUCGGGGCGAUGAGCCGCGCCGAUCUUGAGGCAUACGCACGCGCCGCGCACGCCGCGGCCGGCCAGCCGCCUCCGCCCGCGCACGGGGCUGGCAGCCGGCACGGGGCAGGCGGUGCGGCGGGGUUGCAUGCGGCCGGCGGCGGUGACGAGCCGCGGAGACGGCGCGUCGACUGCAGCGAGAAGCGGCUGGGCGAGUGGGACGGAUGGGACUGAGCCGGUGUGGGCGGGCCCCAUCGCGCGGUGGGUCGCUCGCGGAGCAUGCCUCUCUCUCAGCCCGGUGGUGGCUGGCCUCCUGCGCAACUCCGUCCCUCCCUCCCUGUCAUGCCGAUGCCGCCGCCGGUGUGUGGCGGCGGUCUCGAGGGCUGGGACGGUCUGGCGGCGUCCGAGGUGCCGGGGGAGAGAGAGGAGGGCGGUGUGUGAGAGAGACGCAUAAUUACUCGUUUCUUUGUCGCCUGAGCAAAAAUGAUGAGAGGCUGA